AUGGUUCAAGAGUCCCCGACUGCCGGUGAAGAACUGAGUCCAUGCAAAAUAUGUGGGAGAACUUUUUUCCCUGAAGUACUUAAGAAGCAUGUGCCCAUUUGCCAGAAAACAACAGCCAAAAAAAGGAAGGUGUUUGACUCCAGUCGGCAGAGGUUAAAUGGAACGGAUAUGUCCUUGGCAAAAUAUUUGAAAGCAAAGCAACCGGAGCCCCCUAAGAAGCGUUCAAACUGGCGCAGGAAGCAUGAGGAGUUCAUCAACACCAUCCGGGCCGCCAAGGGGCUGGGCCGAGCGAUUAAAUCCGGAGGACCCCUACCCCCACCCCCGCCUCCUUCCUACGAUCCAGAUUAUAUCCAGUGUCCGUACUGUCAGAGGAGGUUUAAUGAGACUGCUGCAGAGAGGCACAUCAACUUCUGCAAGGAGCAGGCGGCACGCCUCUCCAUCAAGGGGAACAGAGGGAGGCCCCCAGCAAGACCACAGUACAAGCCGCCCCCUCUGAGGAAAGGGAGCUCCUCGGCAGCGUCCUCCCCUGCACAGAGCGCUGGAGCUACGCCAUCGAGGAGGGCGCCCUCUGCUGGAUCCAGUUACUCUCCAUCUUGCGCUGAUCCCAGGGCCCUGAGUAGCCCGCCGCCUGGUGCGGAGGACAAGUGCCCAAAUUCUCCAGGAUCUGCUAAGAGCGCACCGCACGGGGGUGGCAUCAUCCGGAGGAAGACCUACACCACGGACAGCAACACCCCCAGCUGCACGUGUCACAAGCCGUGCUGGACGGAGGCCGUGGUUCAAGUAGCCAAACAGGCGGCUGACCGCGCUCCCUCUCUCGGCAGCGACGACCAGCGCGGGUGUGAGGCGGAGCAGCCCCAGGGCCGGGUGCCCAAGUUCUGCCCGGACUGCGGCAGCCGGUACCCCCUGGAGCGCUCGAAAUUCUGCUGCGAGUGCGGGAUGAGGAGGCUGGAGCUGUGA